CGAUCGAAUAGAAACGGCAAGACACAGGCAUUAUAAGCGACAGUUGGAAAAUUUCAUUUCAUUGAAACACAUCUGUGCUUAAAAAUAUAAAAACAAAGAGAGCGUGUUAUUAAAAUAAGUAAAAAACGAAAUACUGCUCUAAAUCUUAAUUGAGACAUUUGAUAUAAUCAAUAAGCCCUUUGUGAAAUAUUAGGUAAGUAGUAGGGAGUUUAUCAGAAGUUAGUUGAGGCUGAGGUGAAACCCCCUUUAAAUUUGCCAUACACUUUAAAAGAAGCAUUAUUUCGAAUAUAAAACUCAAACACGUCGGUUGUUGCUCCAGAGAAACAAACGAAUUGAAUUUUCGUGUGUCAAGCGAAAAGAGUGAAAUACUCAGAAAAUAAAAGCCAAAAUUAUGAAUUUUACUGCGCUUACUCUGUUUGCGGGCAUUAUCGCCCUGGCCAGCGCUGACAACUACGCCUGUCACUCCAAUGUGACUUACGGCUGCAGUAACAGUGUCUCAAGCCCAGUGAUGUGCCAUUCCCGUUUUGGUGGCAUUGAAAAUGUCGAAUCUGGCAUUCAAUCCUACAUCAACUUGAAUCUGCACAAGUCCUACCAAUAUCUAUUGUUGUCAUCCUUCUACAACUCAUACCAAAAGAAUCGUCCCGGUUUCAACAAGCUCUACCGUUCGCUGUCGGACCGCUCUUUCGAUGAUGCUAUUGAUUUGAUUAAACAUGUGACACGUCGCGGCGGCCAGGUUGACUUCCGUGCCAUCAGUCAGCAUCCCAACUCUAUUGCUCAAAGUAAAUUGAAAUUGGAGGAGGAUGAAUUACACUCAUUGGGCAUUGCUUUGGACAUUGAGAAGACUUUGACCGCCGAUGCUGGCCACGUACACUAUCAGUCGACACAUGGACGCCCACAUGACCCACAGACCGCUCACUACAUUGAGGAGAAAUUCUUGCACAAGCAGGCUGAUUCAGUACGCCAGGUUUCAGGCUUCGUCAACGAUUUGUCGAAGAUCAUGAACCAACCCGAUCCCUCAUUGGGCAUCUACUUAUUCGAUCAGUACUUGGAGAAGCAAUAAAUGAUGUUGCUGAAGUGAAGAUUGUGCGCUGACUUACAUGAUAGUUCAGCUAACGCUGAUAAUAACCAUCUAAUAUAAACUACGUGCAAGAAUCUAUACGUAUUUCUUUUAUUACAUUACAAACGAAAACAAAACGAUGUAACAAAAUUUGAUUGAAAAUAUAUAAAUUCCAACUUUGCGCAUUUAAACCUUCAGCUUUAUGACUGUUAAUUAGACAUCAUCCAAACAAGUUCUGCUUAUGGCACAAAAGCGCAUCCAUGAAAUUUUAUGUAUUAUUACAAAUAAGUGCUAUUAAAUUUUUGAAUUGUUCAUUUCUAUUAUUAUUAUUUACUCUACAUGAAAUUGUAACUUUUUUCUAGUGCAUUACUUUACAAAAUAUAAAUGUUAAAUUAACGAAAUAGUAAAAAAAAUUCAAAAAUCGGCUCUCAUAUUUAUUUGUUUGCAUUGAAUUGUGACAUUUGGUGCUAGAAUUUGUACAAAAACUAAAUAAAUAAAUGUGCGAGUGAUAAGCAAAAA